GAUAUAAAUGAGUCGCUAAAUUUGAGGCCAUCCGGUCAAACCAAAACGCAAUCUCCACCGAUGGCGGCUCAGAAAGAAAUGGUCAACGAAUUGCACACGCCACGAACACCAUUGACGUCAAGCCUGUACGUGAGGCUCGCUUUCUCGCCUUCCCUCUCCUUUGCUUCUUCUCCCAUUGUCACAGAGAGAUAGAGUGACAAGCAGCGCUUGAGUUCCUGCAUCGAUGGCCAAACCCACCGCACUCAUUCUCACCUUCCUCCUCUUCCUCCUUCUGGUGUGGGCCGCCAGCUCCGACUUCGACGCCACCGCCUCAUGCCGUUACGUCACCGCGCCCCAGCUCUGCACCUCCGUCGCCAUCUCGUCUGCCGCCACGUCGGCCAAGGCCCUCACCGUUGCCGCCGUGACCGAGGCCGCGUCCACAGCCAAGCAAGUAUCGGCCUCCGUCGACGCCAUCCUGGCCCACUCGGUCACCGACGCGAACCAGAGGGCCACCCUCGAGGUGUGCAAGAGAAGCUACGAGAGCGCGGUCGGAAGCCUGGAGAAGGCGGUCGAGAAACUGCAGUCCGGGGCGGGCUCGCACGGUGACAUCAUCGCCGACAUAUCGGCCGCGCUCACCGACGCGGGCAGCUGCCGCGACACUUUCAGCCAGAACCCCGGCAUGGUGUCGCCGGUCGCCGAGGAAGCCAGCGUCCUCAAGAAGUUGGUCAGCAACAGCCUCGCCUUGGCCUCAGAUUUGGACGUUGACACGCCUGCCGACUGAGAGAGAGAGAGAGGAGGCAAUAUGUAAUCAUUAGAUAGCAA